CACUGACGAAUUUAAGCGUAGAAAAUCCAUAGCAACCAAGGUGAAUUCCAAUAAUCGUUGCCAAGGAUUAUAAGCUGCGCUCCCUUAAAUUUGCCGGUGCAUACGGCUAUAAGAUGUUGUUUUUGGAAAUAUAAAACUUGUUUAUAUGAUUUUACUGAUAAUAGCUACCUGCUUGGCUUGACCACAAGAUUAGUCAGUUUUUUUGGUGAGUGGCGCAACGAAGAAGCUAGGGUUACGUUUCAAAAAUUCAUUACCAAGGUUUAGCGAGCUCUAAAAGUGAAUGUGCCGCCACUGUCUUAAAAUUGUAUGAGUAGACACUGCUCGUUCACUUUUGAAAAAAGCGGGAAACUGUUUUCUAACCUUAUAAUUUACAUCUGUACAGUUGAUUAUAUGUUACCAUAAAUAAAACACCUUUUUAUUUAUGAUAAGUCACUUUAAAAAGAAAUGAAAGAUGGGAAUUAGUGGUUUAUUACCCUUUCUGGAAUCUGCAUCGAAAAAAUGUUACAUAAACGAAUUUCGUGGCCUAACAGUUGCGAUUGAUUCGUACUGUUGGCUUCACAAGGGUACAUUUAGUUGUGCAGACAAACUAGUUCGAGGAGAACCCACUGACGCGUACGUGAAGUACUGUUUCAAGUACAUUAACCUGCUGCGCUCUUAUAAUAUUAAACCGAUACUGGUCUUUGAUGGUCAACAUUUACCUGCGAAGAAAGAGACUGAACGAAGACGACGUGAGCAUAGGUUACAUGCUCGAAACCGUGCCACUGAGUUAUUACGUUUGGGUAAAGUGGAAGAAGCCCGUCAGUAUUUACGACAGUCUGUGAACAUCACACAUGAAAUGGCUUUAGCGCUUAUUAAAGAGUGCCGAAAGAAUAAAAUUGAUUGCAUUGUCGCGCCAUAUGAAGCAGAUGCUCAACUCGCUUAUUUAAAUAGAUGCGGAAUUGCCGAUGUUGUUAUAACCGAGGACUCUGAUCUCAUUUUGUUUGGAUGUUCAAAGAUUUUCUUCAAAUUUAACCUCGAUGGUUCGGGAGUCCUAGUCGAGCAUAACAAACUUAUUACUGCCAUGAAAAUGAGACCUGACCAGUAUACUUUCGACAAAUUUCGCUACAUGUGCAUUAUUUCAGGCUGUGAUUAUUUGGAUUCUCUUCCCGGAAUUGGCCUCAAGAAGGCUCACAAAGCUGUUUUACUAACUCAUAAUCCGGACAUAUAUAAGUUAUUACCGAGACUACCUCAAUAUUUAAACUUAAGUAAAUUAGUUGUGACUGAGGAGUAUAUAGAAAACUUCAAAUUUGCCGACGCCACGAUCAGGCAUCAGGUUGUCUACGAUCCUAUAAGUCGAAAGCAAGUACCUCUGACUGACCCCAAAGACGCCAGCACCGAACUUAAGCAUCUAAAAAAUGCGGGAACAAUAGAUGAGAGCGAUCGCUCUUUCGAAAUGGCUAUUGGUAAUAUAGAUCCAAUAAGUUUGAAAGUUAUGGACACUUGGAACCCUGAAGGAGAGGUCCUUGCCAAUGAUAGCAUAUGGUCCAAAGUAUAUAAAAAGUCGCAACAACCCCAAAUUUGUAAAAUUACACCUACCAAGAGAACUGUUGAGAAAGAUGUUCCAGUGGCAGAUACUGCUUUAAUUCAAGAGAGAGAGAUGUUAGAGUACGAAAAGAAACUAGAGGAAGAAUUAAAGGUGUACCACCGUACAGAGCCUCCGCCAAAACGUAGAAAAAGUGAAGAGCCUUCAGCUCCACUCGAAGAAAAGGUGGAAGUUCAUAUAAAUAAUCCAUUUGUUAAGCAAAAAAGACUUAGCAAAUUUAGCACAACUUGUGUGGAUCCAAAUCAACACGUAGUAAGCAGGUUUUUUAAAGUACAAAGUUCUUCGUCAAUUAUAACAAAUAUAGAAACAGAGGAAUGUAAAAACUCGAACACAAUCUUAGAAACUGAAAGUGUUGAAGUUACAGAAUGUUCAAGUGAUGCUUCCUCUAAAGAAGAAUUAGUAGAUGAACGGUUGAGUCCCAUUUUAAAUAAAACAAGUGUUCAAUCAUUUAGGCAUCAGUUUUCCAAAAAAGUUUAUCAACAUUCAAUUGAAAGUGAAACCGUCUUGCUUUCGUGUAGCAGUAUUGAAAGUACCUUAAGUGGCGACAUUACAGAUUCCGAUAUCGAAAAAGUAACAUCAGUUAAUGUUGUUGAUGUUGAAAGCGAAGUUGUUUGUCUUGCCAAGAGUGAGAGAUCUCAAAAGGGCAAGGCAGUACAAGUCAAGAGAUCGGCUGGAAAAGUAGAUCUGUCACGUUUUAGAAAAGCCACCCAGCCGACUAUCUCUAGUUUAUUUAAUAAAAUGAGGACGCAAAGUUAAUUUGUUACUUUUAUAAUUUUUUUUAAUACACAGACAAAUUGAUUAAAAAAUGA